AUGGACGGUCGCCCUCCAAAGCGUCAGCGCAGGGCAGUGAAAGACAAAGCGCCAUCAGAAACAGUCUCUACGAAUCCAGAAUCUCAAUCUCCACCAAAACCCGCACCCGUCACCCUCUCGUCGCGUCCCAAGACCACGCGCUCACGCGCCGCCGCAACCGCAACCCGCCCUCCUUCGGCCUCCCCCACGAAAUCAAAGCCCAAAUCACUUCACAGCUUCUUCUCAGCGGCUUCAGAAGGUCAGAGAUGGUCUGCACAGAAGUUCGAGGCCAAGCGCCCCACCCGGGCUGCGACACCGACGACACUAGCUGCCGAUGAUAUCGAGGAUGACAUUGAAGAUGAUUAUGGCUCUUACGAUGAGAUAUUCUCUCAAGUGGACGUCACUUCGACCUCGAAUCAGAAGCCUCCUCCUCCACAAUCGAGGCGAAUGUUGUCGAAACGCACGACCACAAAACCUAAGAGUCAACCAUCAAAACGAUUCCUCAUGGCCCCCGCCUCGGGCAGCAUAAACAAACAAUCCAAGGACCCAGUCUCAACCCCCAUAUACGAAGAUACCCGGCCCUGGGCACAGCGAUUCGGACCGGUUGGAUUAGACGAACUAGCAGUUCACAAGCGGAAGGUCUCCGAUGUACAAAAGUGGUUGGACGAUGUAUUCGAGGGAAGAAGGAAAGAGAAAUUAUUGGUCCUGCGAGGUCCGGCAGGUUGCGGCAAGACGACAACAAUCUCCCUGCUCUCCGAAGCAUUGGGCUACGACAUCAUUGAAUGGAGGAAUCCACCUGUUCCAGAACAUACAUCCCGCGACUACGUCUCUUCCAGCGCACAAUUUGAAGAGUAUCUUGGACGAGGUGAUCGAUUUGGUGGCCUUGAUCUACAAGAUUCGGCAUCGACGUCAGCGGAGACGAAAACAAAUAGUGCCACGACUACGGCCUCUCGAAAUCGCCGCGUUCUCCUUGUGGAAGAAUUCCCAACAGUGUUGCAUCGAAAUUCAUCCAGUUUAGCCGCAUUCCGAAAUUCUAUACAGCGCUACCUCGCAGCAUCAGCGUCUGACCAAUCUUCUUGGAGUGGACGGAUGCACCCGCCAAUCGUGAUGGUCGUUUCAGAGACGAUGUUGACAUCCGCAUCGUCGAUUUCAGAUAAUUUGACCGUUCACCGAUUACUUGGACCAACGCUGUAUAAUCAUCCCAACACGACGAUCAUCGACUUUAACAGCAUCGCUGCUACAUUCAUGCAGAAGGCACUCCGAACGGUGUUAGAAAAAGAGGCGAACUUUUCCAAGCGAAGUAGGAUUCCCGGACCCGCUGCUUUAACCAGAAUUGCCGAGAUCGGCGAUAUUCGCAGCGCAAUAUCUUCUCUAGAAUUCCUGUGUUUGAAGGGUGAUAAGGCGGGUUCGGAUUCAUCAGAUGCUUGGGGGGGAAGUCUCACGAAAAAGAAAUCCCGCGCCGAUGCAGAUAAACCCCUCACAGCCAUGGAGCAGGAAUCCCUCGAGUUGAUAUCCCAGCGAGAGGCGAGUCUGGGCAUGUUUCACGCCGUGGGAAAAAUCGUUUAUAAUAAACGGCUAGAUGCUAGCCUUGUGCCUAGUGAUUUUAUCAUUCUCCCGCAACCACCGGAGCAUUUAGCGCAGCAUCGCAGACCGAAGGUCUCGCAGGUUGCUGUGGAUGAACUGGUCGAUGAAACGGGAACUGAUAUCUCUACGUUUAUCAGCGCUUUGCAUGAGAAUUAUCCUCCCUCUUGCGAUGGGUAUGAUUUCGUCGACUCGCUGAAUGCUUGUAUUGAAGCGUUGUCCGAUAGCGAUAUUCUCGGCGCAGAUCGCAGGUCCACGUUUCGAACGCGCGGUGGAAUCGGUGCUAAUUUGAAUACUGGGGGUGUGGACAUGUUGCGACAAGAUGAGAUAAGUUUUCAGGUUGCGUCGCGGGGAUUAUUAUUCGCACUUCCUUAUCCUGUGAAACGCAAACUUGCACCCGUUGCUGGACAGGGUCGUCCGGGUGAUGCUUACAAGAUGCUAUACCCUUCUUCGCUGCGGCUGUGGCGGAAGACGGAGGAAAUUGAUGGGUUAGUUGAUGCCUGGAUGAAGCAUUUGCUUGACCCGAGCAGCAAUGGAAAUCCACAGUUUCAGUCUCAGCGAGAUGCCAGUGGAUUUUCCGGGGAAAUGUCUGGCGUUAGUGCUUGGAGGAAUCGUCGAUUGGGAGAUUCGGAUGAUCAUACGAGGACGACGGUGGCAACUAUGAUGCGAAGGCAUGAUGUUCUGCUGGACCAAUUACCUUAUAUGGCGAUUAUUAAACGCGAGGACCCUGAUGCUUGGCAGCUUCGUCAGAUCACCAAUAUUCGGGGGAGUCAUUUGGAUGGGGUCGAGGGGGAAGAUGAGGAGGAUGAUUUGGUGCCUAUACCGAAGGGCAAUUCUGACAAUGCUGGACCUGGACCGUCGCUGCAGCAGGAAGAGGAGAAGUUGAUUCUCAGUGAUGAUGAUAUUGAGGAUUAG